UUAAGCUCCUCCUGGUCCCCCACAUUCUCUUUCCUUUUUAUCCAAUUCCACUAGUAUCAGUAUUACAUGGGGUCCUCCAAUCAACAAUGGAAACCGUUCAGAUAUAUAUUAUCAUGUUAACAUAACAAACCAAUCAAAUGGGAAGUUUGUUAAUUUUUACAAUACAAGCAACACCUUCUACCAACUAAUGGGCCUCACUCCAUUGACUACUUACACUAUAACCAUCACAUCAAACAAUGGGGUCUCAGAUCAGGACAUGUCAAAUGAAUUAGGGAGACAGGUCUCAAUUAAUGUGACAACGUCUUCUCCACCCUCAAGCCCUCAACCACUCGCAUUACAAAGUUCACCAACUGGUCAACCUACUGUACUUACAUGGAGUGAACCACAGUAUCCUUAUGGUGUUAUCCUUCGUUAUAAUAUAUUAGUGAGUGAGUUCAAUGAUUCUGAUACUGCUACUGUUAGAGGCAGUGUUAAUGGUACAACACUUCGAUAUGAUUUGAGUCAAAUUAAUCUUCUCUCUAGUCACUAUUUUAUUUGGGUACAAGCAGUGACAAUGCAUGGAGAGAGUGACCUAUCACUUCCUAUUCAAUACUUCAUGGUUAUGUCCUCCUCUACUGUAACCAGUGCUAGAGCAAGUUCUUCAAUUGUGACAACACUCUCUACUACAACAAGUAGUGGAACAUGUCCCUCUGUUGUGACUAUACCCUAUACUACAACAGUUAUUUCUACUGUCAGUCAAGUUUGUUCAAGCACAGCUGCAGUGUGUUCCACUAAUGAUGUAGUUCAAAGUUAUAGUGAACUGCAAACUACUUCAAGUGUGUUGCUCAGUAUAUUAGGAGUGUUCCUUUUGCUGUCAAUAGUGCUUCACAUUGUGACAGUGACCCUGUAUUGUUACAUGAGGAAUAGAAAAAUUAAAGAAAGUUAUAAACCUGUACCAGCAGUGCUAUCAAUGAAAGAAUGUGCUGCUACUGAUAUUGAUGAGGAAUCAAAAUAAUGUACUAUAUAUA